GUUAAACCUUUCACAUUCUCAUCUCUCUCUUGAAAUUUUUCUGUGUUUGUGUGGAUCAUCACCACCAACCAAAUACCAAUCUGUUCUCUUCUUCAUAAAGCAACUGACUUUGAUAGCUUCAUAUCUUUGAAGACAAUCCAUGGCCCCACAAAACUAGUUUCUCUCUCUUUCACUUUCUCUCUCCUCACUCACUCUGCACUGAAGUGUUGUUUAGCUUAAAAAACUAGUACUUUACCUCAUAAUAUCACUCACAUUCACACCUUCAACACCUUCAAAUUGUUCAAAGGUUGUGUUGGUGAUGAAUGAACUUUUCAUAGAGUGAAGAAGAAAAAUGGUGGGAACUCCAAUGAAUGGAAGAAGGCUUUCUUUUGGAUUUGGUAAUGGUGGACAUGAUCUUGGUCCAAGUAGUACUCCACCAAGCAAUGCUGGUUCUGAUUAUGGAAGCUACAUAGAUUUCACAAGAGAAGAUGUUGAGGCUUUGUUGAAUGAGAAAUCUAAAAGGAAAGACAGAUUUAAUUACAAGGAAAGAUGUGAAAAUAUGAUUGAUUAUAUAAAAAGGCUCAAGGUUUGCAUCAGAUGGUUCCAAGAUCUUGAGUUGAGCUACUCAUUAGAGCAAGAGAAGUUGAAGAGUUCAUUGGAAUUGUCCCAACAAAAAUGUGUGGAAAUAGAAUUGCUGCUCAAAAUCAAGGAAGAGGAGUUGAAUUCAAUUAUUACAGAAAUGAGAAGGAAUUGCACUUCUUUGCAAGAGAAGUUAGUGAAGGAAGAAACAGAAAAGGCGGCUGCAAUGGAAUCUCUUAUUAAAGAAAGAGAGGCUAGGCUUGACUUUGAAAGGUCGCAGACAACACUAUCAGAAGAUCUCGGUAGAGCUCAACGUGAGCUUGAAACUGCAAAUCAGAAGAUAGUAUCACUCAAUGACAUGUAUAAGCGAUUACAAGAGUAUAUAACAAGCUUGCAGCAGUACAAUGGAAAACUUCAUUCUGAACUUUCUACAGUGGAAGGUGAUCUCAAGCGUGUAGAGAAAGAGAAAGCGACCGUAGUGGAAAAUCUUACAAUGUUAAAGGGCCAACUAGCUCUGUCUAUGGCUUCUCAAGAAGAAGCUACAAAACAGAAGGAUGCUUUUGCUAGUGAAGUUACAUCCCUUCGAAGCGAGUUGCACCAAGUGAGGGAUGAUCGAGACCGCCAAAUUUCUCAAGUGCAAACUUUAAGUACUGAAAUAGUGAAGUUCAAAGAUUCUUCAGAAAAGUCUGGUUCCGAAGUGAACAACUUGACCAUGAAAACAAAUGAGUUGGAGACAAAAUGUACGUUGCAAGAUAAUCAUAUAAAGGAGUUACAAGAGAAGCUAACUCUUGCAGAGAACAAACUGGAGGUUUGUGAUAUAUCCGCAAUUGAGACAAGAACAGAAUUCGAAGGACAACAAAAACUCGUAAAUGAGUUACAAAAACGAUUGGCAGAUGCAGAAUACAAACUUAUAGAAGGGGAGAAGCUGAGGAAAGAAUUACAUAAUACAAUUUUGGAACUGAAAGGGAACAUUCGUGUGUUCUGUAGAGUGCGACCUUUGUUACCUGAUGAGAGUUGCAGCUCAGAAGGCAAGAUUAUAUCUUAUCCUACCUCCAUGGAAGCUUCUGGACGAGGCAUUGAAUUAACACAAAACGGUCAAAAACAUUCUUUCACAUUUGAUAGAGUUUUUGCACCUGAUGCAUUACAAGAAGAAGUAUUUACGGAAAUUUCACAACUUGUGCAAAGUGCUCUUGAUGGUUAUAAGGUUUGCAUUUUCGCAUAUGGUCAGACAGGUUCAGGGAAAACCUAUACAAUGAUGGGCAGGCCUGGACAUCUCGGAGAAAAGGGUUUGAUACCUCGUUCGCUAGAACAAAUAUUUCAAACAAGACAGUCUCAACAACCGCAGGGCUGGAAAUAUGAAAUGCAGGUGUCAAUGUUGGAAAUAUACAAUGAAACGAUUCGUGAUUUGUUGGCUACAACAAAUAAGUCCCCAUCAGACACAACCCGUGCAGAAAAUGGUACUCCUGGGAAGCAAUACUCAAUCAAGCAUGAUGCCAGUGGAAAUACUCUUGUUUCUGAUCUUACCGUGGUAGAUGUUGAGAGUGUAAAAGAGGUCGCAUUUCUUUUAAAUCAAGCGGCAAAUAGCAGAUCUGUGGGAAAAACUCAGAUGAAUGAACAAUCUUCAAGAAGUCAUUUCGUAUUCACUCUUCGAAUAUACGGUGUAAAUGAGAGCACGGACCAACAAGUACAAGGUGUUCUAAAUCUCAUUGAUCUUGCUGGGAGUGAGCGUCUUUCAAGGAGUGGCUCAACUGGAGACCGAUUGAAAGAAACUCAAGCAAUAAAUAAAAGUUUAUCAUCAUUAAGUGAUGUUAUAUUUGCGUUGGCCAAGAAGGAGGAUCAUAUUCCAUUCAGGAACUCAAAGCUUACAUACCUACUUCAGCCUUGUCUAGGUGGAGACUCAAAGACAUUAAUGUUUGUAAACAUUGCUCCUGACCAAGCUUCAUCUGGAGAGUCACUAUGCUCGCUCCGGUUUGCUUCAAGAGUAAAUGCUUGUGAAAUCGGGACACCUCGCCGCACCACCAACGGUCGCCCUACAGAAUCUCGCUUGAGCUAUUUCUAAUCUCACCACAAAUGAAAUCAUGAAUAUAUUGUUUAACCUGCUUGGAGGAGUCAAUUUGCUUGGCCUAUGUGACCACUACAAUAACCAAAAUUAGCUUUAAUUCUAAAUUUCUAACAUCAUACAUAUAGCUUGUAUAGUGAAGAGGUUACCAAGUACUAUGCAUUUAGUUAAAAACACUUCCAUGUUCUAUUAGUUUCAUUUGCAAUUCUGUUUAAUGUUGUAUAAUCAUAAUUUCAUUCCUUAUAUUAUGAGUAAACAACUAGACAUGUUUCUUAGUGUCAA